AAGUAUCCUUUGUUAUAGGUCGGUCCGAUCCCUUUGACCAAUCAGCACUGAUAAAAUCGCAAAUAAAUAAUGCAUGUUUAGAGUGAGAGGAAAAAAAAUCCCCAAAAUCCCUCUCUUUUGAAGAGAGUCGCCUCUUGUCUGCGGCACUUCAUUCUCUGAACAGUGAGCCAUGGCUGGGAAAAUCCUGUUGCAUUUUCCAUACAACCACACUGUAAGAUUCCUGAUGGUUUUCAAGGAAAAUGUUAAACACAAAACUCAUGGUGCUUUAAAAACACCGACUUUUGUGAGAUAUCUCGAAAGGAACCUUUUCUGCAACUUUAACGGGUGAAACAUAAAAAUAAACAGACUGAAACGAAGUUUCAGCCCAUGAUAAGUGUGAUAACGGCGACUCCCUACAUUUCAGGAUUCUUUGUUUCAUUUGUGCUUUUAAAUGCAACAUUGUGUAAAGGAAACACUCUGAUAGGCAUCAAUACGACUUCAGCGACAUCUAUUGAGCAGGGAGAGAAGAAAAUUAACAUGAGCAGCCUGCCAUUCUCCAACCACUUGUCCUGCCACUCUACCGUAACUAACAGGAGAAGGCAUCAAAUAAUGGAAAAUCAGAAGAAUCGGUAUGCUUCAGAGUUCUACAAGUACAUCACAUCCUAUGCUAAUCGUUACAAGGGUGAUACACAGCAUGUUUUAAAUGAAUACGCCAUUACGGAUUGUACAUCAUUGGGACUCGAGAUUCUACCCGGAACUCCGAAUUUAGAAGAACUGUUGGAAUUAGAUGUGGAGGCAGCUGUUAACCAGAUCUACUACUCUCUCCAGGUUCAUUCUGCUUAUAUAUAUCUGAUUCAUCAUCAAUAUAAAGAGGACAGUCCGAGGUGCCCCGGAACUCUUCCUCGAGAGAAACAAUUGGCGGCACAAUCACUCAUCUUGGCGAACAAACAGAAGUCAUUAGUGUGCACCAUUGAAACUUCAAUGUCGCUUCUAGGUUACAAUCGAAAUGCAACCUAUUCCAUUCUAGAACUUGAGGUAACGGAUCUAAGUCAGUGUUCCCAUAUGGCGAUCAGGGAUUGUCAAGUUCUCCGUAGCAUCAUACAUUUGUUAAACACCAUGGCAAGAUACUCUCAAACACAAACAUUGUAGCUUGUUUCUGCGGAAACAGGAUUCGUCUUUUAUAUAUGUGAAUAACUCAUUUUGUAUCAUCGUUGUUGUUGAAAUCGCAUCCAUUUUGUAUGUACGUUGAAAUAAAUAAAAAUUAUCUAGUCAA